AAACUCUUCUUUAAUCAAUUGAACAAGAAAACCUUCCUUACUUUUUCUCUAAUGGAUUCCCACAGACAAGAAACAUAUUCCCUCUCUCAAAUCAAAUCCCUUCAUGAGCUCAAACAAAAGCUCAAAUCUUCACAUGACCCAUCAAUUUCCAUAUGGUCUAUUCCUCUUCUAGACAACGAAUCUGAGAAAUCCGAUCUUAUUCUCCUCAAAUUCCUCCAAGCCAGAGACUUCCAUGUCGAAAAAGCUCUUCAAAUGCUUAUAAAGUCCUUAUCUUGGCGCAAGGAUUUCAAAGCAGACACCAUUGUUGAUGAAGAAUUAGGAUUUAAAGAACUUGAAGGUGUUGUAGCUUAUAUGCAAGGGUAUGACAAAGAAGGUCACCCUGUUUGUUACAACUCUUAUGGAAUAUUUCAAGAUAAAGAAAUGUAUGAGAAAUUCUUUGGAGAUGAUGAGAAAUUGCAGAGAUUUUUGAGAUGGAGAAUUCAAGUUCUUGAAAGAGGGAUUAAACUUCUGCAUUUUAAACAUGGUGGGGUUAACUCGAUUAUUCAGGUUAUUGAUCUUAAAGAUAUGCCUAAACAAGAACUUAAAGCUGCAUCUAAUCAUAUUGUUUCUAUUUUCCAAGAUAAUUAUCCUGAAAUGGUAGCCCGUAAGAUCUUUAUUAAUGUGCCCUGGUUCUUCAGUGUGUUGUAUUCAAUGUUUAGCCCGUUUCUAACCCAAAGAACCAAGAACAAGUUCGUUGUUGCCAAUGAAGGAAAUGUUGCAGAAAUCCUCUACAAGUUUAUAAGGCCGGAAAACAUUCCGGUUAUGUACGGAGGACUUCACCGGACUUACGACGAUGUACAAAACAGUCACCCGAAAUCGGCGUCGGAGUUCACUGUCAAAGGAAGAGAGAAAGUCAAUAUACAAAUAGUGGGCAUUGAGGCGGGUUCGUCGAUAACAUGGGACAUAGUGGUCGGAGGAUGGGAAGUCGAGUACAGCGCUGAGUUUGUCCCGACAGCAGAAGGAAGCUACACAAUUGCGGUUGAGAAACCGAGAUGGGUGCCCGCGAAGGAUGCGGCGAUUCACAAUUCUUUUGCGACGAAAACCAGCAGUGGAAAAAUGGUGUUAUCGAUUGAUAAUACCUCCUCAUCGAGAAAAAAGGUUGCAGCUUACCGUUAUGUCGUGCAAAAAUGAUAAUUCUCUUUGUUUUUCGAAUAAUUUUAUAACUUGUAAUUUAUUAUUAAGGACUAAUUUAGUUUAA